UCUCAACUACGGGCAAGCGUCUACGUCAAUCCUCCUGUACCAUACGUCAAGCCAGACGGCACACGAGCCGGCGAAUGGUCUCCAAUACCUUCUACCCUCAUAUAUGGAGAGCACGAAGCUGUGCUUGUCGACACAGCAAUCACGGAAGCACAGAACGUUGCGCUUGGUGACUGGAUCGAACAAACCAUACCAACGAAGCGACUAGCGUAUGUCUACAUUACACAUGGACACGGAGAUCAUUGGCUUGGCAUCGGUUAUCUCAAGAAGCGAUUUCCAGGCCUCAAAGCCAUCGCUACGAGUGGGACUAUAAAGCAUAUGCAGGAGCAGAUCGAGCCAACGCUAUGGAACUCCACUUACGGCACAAGGUUCCCCGGCCAGAUUGACACCAACUUUGUGCUCGCCGAGCCUCUCCCGUCGAACGGGGAGUUCACGCUUGAAGAUAAUGUUCUCAAAGCUGUCGAAGUUGGUCGAUCCGACACCCACGACUCCACUGUCUUGUGGGUCCCCAGCAUCAAGCUUGCAGUAUGUGGCGACGUCGUCUACGGUGAUGUACAUCAGCAACUGCGAUACUCGAACACCAAAGCCAAUCGGGAGGAGUGGAUCAGUGCGAUUGAGAAAGUCGAAGCCCUACGGCCGGAGACAGUCAUUCCUGGCCACAAGAAACCCGGCGAGGUCGAUGGCGCGUAUCAUCUGCAGGCAUCAAAGGAGUAUAUCCGUACUUUUGGAGAGCUUCUGAACAAGUCAAAAGAUUCAACGGAGCUUUUCAAGUUGAUGACGGAGCGGUAUCCAACCAGGUUCAAU